UGUAGGUUCCUCCAAUCGUUCUGAUGUUAAUAUUACUAAAAUAGACAAUUUCGGAUAACUUCUUUAUAUUUCUAAAUACUUGACUGUCGUAUAAGCAGUUUGAGCUUAAUGUGACAUAUGCCACUGCAACUUGAAAGCGAUUUCGUUACGAUUGCGCAGGCAGUCAGAAGCGCAUGCGUGAGUUUUUGUGCUGUGCCGGAAUACUGAAUGGUGGCGUGUCUGCUUUAUCUUCUCUUAGCUCUCCAUAAAUUAUCUUCUGGGUCCGUAAUUGUCGAGUCAAUAGAUAAGAAAUAGAAUACAAACAUUCUGGUUGUUGGCGAUUGAAACAAUUAACUAAUGAUAAAAGCGGGAAGUGAAGUUGAGUUCUCACAGAUAAGUGUUCCUUAAUCAUCUGGUGAAAUCUUGAGGAAAAAAGCUCAGAUACAAUUUCAUACACUACCAUACCAUCAGCGUGAUAUAGCACAACGCUUUUUACAGAUUCUAAAGAUAUGGCACAACCUCUUGUGUGUAAGUCAAAGUCUUCAGGUAGUAUGGCUCAUCUACUUGAACGACAUAUUUCGCGCAGACUUUCGAAAAGUCGGACACGUGUAGUAGAACCUACAGUAUCCCAGGUUCAUUGGAGUCGACUGGGUAAUUGUAUAUGGUCAUCUGAUGAAGGUCGCAAUCUGCAACUACAAGAAGUUAACCUACAUGAACUAACGUCCACUGAACGCAGGAUGUUACAACGAGUAGCAAUAAGAAAACUACAUGACCUAAAUUUCGGGAUGCCUUUAACAUUAGAAGAGGUUGGGGUUCCGAGCGCCAAAGAAAAUUCCAAGCGUCGAAUACAACUGAUAAAGCGUAAAUCUCUAACAACAAGCUUUUUCGACUCUGGGAAAAAGAAAGACGCGCACGCCACUAUAUUUGGUGUUGCACUUGAGAAUUGCCUGCUAAAUGAGGCGAACGUGUUAACUCCGCCUCAGGUUCAUUCAGACCCAUGCGAAAUCUUCCCACCGUUCAACAUGAUGAAAAGCUGUCGUCAUAUGAAUCAGGAUACAUCACACCGCGUUCCGUUUGUUGUUCGAGCGUGCUGUGAUCAUCUCCGUGUUUAUGGUUUAUCUACUGUUGGUCUUUUUCGUAUUUCACCGGCACGCCGUCGCGUACAUCAACUCAAGGAAGACUGGCAACAAGGUGGAGUUGUUCUAGGAUCAUCACACUGUCCUCAUGAUGUGGCCACAUUGCUAAAAGAAUUCUUGCGCGACUUACCUGAACCAUUAUUAUGUACUAGAUUAGCUACUGCUUUUUUGUCUACGCAACAAAUUCGAAACAGGCACUUGCAACUGGAAGCACUAACUUAUCUUUUGGCUCUAUUGCCACCGCCACAUAGUGACACAUUACGUGUUCUUCUAAGUUUCCUUGCUGAAGUAGCUGAUGCAGCUAAUGAUGCUCCCGGUAGACCUGGUAACCGUAUGAACAGUGCUAAUCUUGCCACUGUGUUCGCGCCAAAUGUACUACGAAUAACACAGUUACAGGAAGAUGCAGAAGCUUGCAUAAACUCCGUAAACGUUAUGCGCACGUUGAUCGAUCACCAAGGAAUUCUGUUCCGUGUAAAAGCAUCUAUAAUGGACCAAGUAUAUUUACAAAUGAUGGAAACUCACGGACAAGUUUUAGAUCAACAUUGUGAGUGGCGGGCAGCAAAGGGUUCUGAGCGGCAACGCAUGCCUACAUCUUUAUCGACAUGUAAAGCUGGUGUAUUAUCAGCAACAUUAAAUCUCCCUGUGCAGUCCUUACACAUGGACGAUGACUUCAAAGACAUCCCUUUUAUUGAAGACAGCAGUGACACGGUAACAGGAAAUCUAUCACUUGCUGCCAGUCGUUCAUUUCAAAACUCUCGCGCUACUUUGAUGCUAUCUAAAACGGAAGACGUAGUCACUCGGCGCUAUAAACGUCGUGAAAUCAUUUCCAGUGCGGCACACAAGUAAUAAGAUCUCAGCAACAAAAAUGCACAGUUUGUAGUAAAGAUCGAACUCAUGGGGCAGCAGAGAAUAUUGUGCCCGGACGACGUAGUGGCAACUUUCGUCGGGCCCCCAACAGUCCUAAUCCACGUGGCUGUUCAGAAGUAGGUU